CCCAAACAGAUAGAAACGGUUGAAACCACCGUUCCGACUCUUCGAUCACCUGCUAAGUAUUCCAAGAUGUCUACAAGUAUUCCAAUCGGAAUUGAUCUUGGAACAACAUACUCGUGUGUUGCCGCUUGGUUUGAUCAACACAACCGUGUGGAGAUCCUUCCUAAUGAACAAGGUAACACCAUUACUCCAUCAUGUGUUGCAUUCAAUGAUGGUGAACUUUUGGUAGGCGAGGGUGCCAAAAACCAAAUCACUAGCAACCCGGAUAACACCGUUUUUGAUAUUAAGAGGAUAAUGGGAAGUAGAUUCAGCAAUGUUAGAUUGCAGAAAGACAUACAAUCAUGGCCUUUUAAGGUGAUCGAAAAAUCUAGUGAUAAGCCGAUGAUUGUACUUGAACACAUGGGUGCAAGCAAGGAGUUUUCUCCUGAAGAAAUAUCUUCUAUAAUUUUAAAGAGCUUGAAAGAGGCUGCCGAGGCGUACCUUGGUACAACGGUUAGCGAUGUGGUGAUUACUGUCCCUGCAUACUUCAGUGACAAGCAACGACAGGCAACAAAGGACGCUGGUACACUGGCUGGCCUUAACGUCAUGCGAUUGAUCAGUGAACCCACAGCAGCUGCAAUUGCGUAUGGUUUAGACAAGAUUUUAGAUUCAAAACACCCACAGCAGAAAAACGUCUUGGUAUUUGAUUUAGGUGGAGGGACAUUCGACGUGUCACUUCUCACUAUCGGCAGGGAGGGAACAAUACGUGUUAAAGCAGUGGGAGGCGACACGCAUUUGGGUGGAGAGGAUUUUGACAAGGCGAUGGUUGAUUUUUGUGUACAAGAAUUUAAGAAAAAACAAAAUAAAGAUGUUAGUAAAAAUGCAAGAGCAAUGGGGAGACUGAAAGUUGCCUGUGAGAAAGCAAAGAGAGAUUUGUCCUCAACAACUCGAACGUUGAUUUCCAUUGAUUGCUUGUAUGAUGGUAUUGAUUUUUCAAUGAAGUUCACCCGAGCAAAAUUCGAAGAGCUCAAUGCUGCUUUAUUUAAUAAAUGCAUUGAGCAUGUAGAAAAUUGUUUAAGAGAUGGGAAUAUGCAAAAAUAUGAUGUUCAUGAUAUAGUUCUUGUUGGUGGGUCGACUAGGAUUCCCAAAGUACAACAAAUGUUGAAAGAAUUUUUUGACGGGAAACCCCUUUGCAAGAGCAUUAAAGCAGAUGAAGCUGUCGCUUAUGGUGCAGCAGUGUUGGCUGCAAACUUGAGCGGUAAAGGUAAUAGAGCUAUGAAAGAUUUGACACUUUUAGACGUCACUCCUUUGUCUCUUGGUACUGGUGUCACAGUCCAUAAUUAUAUGAGUGUCAUAAUCCCGCGGAACACGCCAAUACCCACCAUGAACGAGCGAAUUUAUAGGACAAUUUUCGAUAACCAAGAAACCAUUGUAGUCGACGUGUAUCAGGGUGAGUGUGGUAAAGUGAAAGAUAACAUAUUUCUUGAUGAGUUUGAACUUCAUGGUAUCCCGCCAGCCCUUGCAGGGAAACAAAAAAUAAAGGUUUGCUUUAGCAUAGAUGUCAAUGGUAUUCUUGAGGUCUUAGCUGAGUUGGUAUCUACCGGUAGUAAAAAAAGUUUAUUAAUUGCUGGGAGUGGAAAUGUGUCCAAGGACGACAUUGAGACGAUGCUGAAAAAGAUUGAGCUAUGAAUUAUAAUAAUUAGGAUUGCAGAUUAAGUAAAAGUG